AUGAGCUGCUUUGGGGUUUCAUGUCUCCAAUGGGUCUGGGGAUGCGCUCUUCUGCAAAUCGUCGUGUCUGCCUCCUUUGCUCCCAUCCUGCCUCCAGCUUACCCCCUUGCUGUUCGCAGCCCCUAUCUGUCUUCUUGGCUUCCCGGAAAUCAGGCCUCUAGUCUUCCUUCUAGCUCUCCUCAAUUUUGGUUUGGAAAUAACCUCACAUGGUCUGUCAUUGCUCGCGUAGAUGGACAGGCAUACAGUCUUUUCGGAGUCUCCAAGAAGUUGGAAGGCAUCGAGGCUGCUACUGUCAGAGAUGGCAAUUUCACCUCGACGCACAGCACUUUUCUGCUGACAGCCGGGUCGAAGAAUUUCACCCUCGACUUCUUUUCGCCUGUCUCCCCGACAAACUAUCUACGCCAGUCACUGCCCUUUUCAUAUCUCACAAUAUCAGUUAGUGGGAUAUCAAGCAAUGACUCCGUUCAGAUCUACUCAGACAUCGAUUCGUCCUGGACCGGUCAACCGAAGAACGCGACUUGGGCUUUCUCAGAAAUUAACAGUACCUCGGUGUUUCAGCUGAGUCCUAUGGAAGAGGCCUUGUUUUCGCAAAAUGCUCAAGAACAAGCGCUUUGGGGUGAGACGGUUUACGCCACGCGGGCUCCAAAUGGAAGCGUCCUUUCUUCUGCUUCGGGGCCGUUAUCUGCUAUGCGUUCUCAGUUUGUGGCCAAUGGAUCUCUGAGCAACUCAUACGCAAAUUGGACAUCUGAUGGUGUUGUAGCAUUUGCGCAUGAGUUGGGAUCUAGUGCAAAGAAUAGUUCAAUCACUUUCGCGAUAGGCCAUGUGCGCGAGCAGACCAUUGAUUACCUCGGUAGUACGCAAACUGGAUACUACCGAGCAGAUUAUCCAAAUACUGCGUCCGCCGUCUCACAUUUCCUUGAUGAUUACUUGGAUGCACUAAAUGAGUCGAUCAAUAUGGACAAAUUCAUUCAGAAGGGUGGAGAGUCAUCAUAUGGCACCAACUACUCCGAUAUACUUGCACUGUCUCUUCGCCAAAUCUACGGUGGCAUGGAACUCACAAUCCCGAAUGAUACAUUAGACACCAACGACACCAUGGCCUUCAUCAAAGAGAUCUCCAGUGAUGGCAACAUCAACACCGUCGAUGUCAUCUACGCAUCAUUCCCGGUCUUCUACGUCCUCAACUCCGACUACAUCCGACUCCUCCUGAAACCCGUUUUCGAGUACAUGGCCAAAACCAACUACACCUACGACUUUGCCGUACACGACAUCGGAAUGGACUACCCAAACGCCACCGGCCACAGCCCCAAGGGCGAGUUCAUGCCCGUCGAAGAAAGCGGAAACAUCCUCAUCAUGACCUACGCCUACGAAAGCGCAACCAACAGGACCAACAUCACAAGCACAUACUCUCCCCUUCUGCAAAAAUACGCACAAUACCUCAACACCUACGGCAAAUAUCCCGACGCACAACUCUCCCUCAACGACGCCCUAGGCAAGAUCGCCAACCAAACCAACCUCGCGAUGAAAGCAGCCAGCGGCCUAGCCUCCUACGGCCACCUGACCUCGCAGCAAAACUACACCGACGCAGGCAAAUCCAUCGCCGACGCCCUCUAUAACGGCCGGCUAGGCACAGACCCCAACGGCACCUAUUUCACGAUUCAGUACGGAAGCGACUCCUGGUUCCUCGCUUACAACCACUACGCGGACGUCCUAUUCUCCCUGGACCUCUUCCCGGACGAAGCCUACAAUGCCACCACCGCCUUCUACCCUACCGUCCGCAAACCAGCCGGCGUAGCCCUCGACGCUAACCUCGACUGGGGCCAAACCAACUGGCAGGGGUUCGUAGCGGCAACAGUCACCGACGAAGCAAGAGGCAUGUUCAUCUCCGAUAUCCAUGCCUACAUCGCUAAUGGACUCAACGAUGUACCCUUCUCGGACCGGUACUGGGUAAACGAUAGCACUACUGGUGAGGCUGGUGAGUACUUUGCUUUCCGGGCAAGGCCGGCGCUGGGGAGUCACUUUGCGUUGAUGGCAUUGCAGGGGGCGGAUCAGUGGGGUGGGUUGCUUGCUUGA